GAUCGAUAUGAUCAUUCACAUUCCCAAAACUCUAAAUUCUCACACCUAACUUAAUUAGAGAGUAGGUAUGAUGUUUCAUUAUCUUCCUCUACACUUGACGUGCUCGCUGCAAGUUUGAAACUAGAAUAAUAGCUCAUUAAACAGCGGGAGAUGACUAAACGCUUCCAUACGUAAAAACUUCGUAGUUUGUCGUGCGUGAGGCUUUACGACUUACGAUGCGAGUUAGCAACAAUUACAUCACAGCCACGAGUGUAGCCGAGAUAGCAUGAAAUUGCGACUGCGGCCAUUUAUAUAUCACGUCAGAGAGGGCCGAGAACAUCAGUGUUCGACGAUCACACCACGACGAAAGACAUGGAUCUGAAAGUGAUAUUAUUCUUGCUGAUGGUGGCCGUGAUGGUCAGCUUAGCCGCCCCUGGGUUUGGCUAUCAUGGUAAAAGUCACCAUCAUAUCGGCCAUCAUCACCACGGCCAUCAUCACGGCCAUCAUCACGGUCACCAUCACGGUCACCAUCAUAAACAUGGGCAUCAUCAUAAACAUGGGCAUCACCACAAGCAUGGUCAUCACCAUUCCCACCACCAUAAACACUCGCAUCAUCACAAACAUUCUCAUCACCACAAACAUGGUCACCAUCACAAACACGGUCAUCAUCACGGCCAUAAACACGGUCACCAUCACAAACACGGUCACCACCACGGCCACAAACACGGUCAUCACCACGGCCACAAACACGGUCACCACCACGGCCACCACCACGGACACCACGGUUUUCACGGCUAUCACUAACAAAUCCGGCCUGACGUGAACGCAGCCGAUCACUGAACGAAGCGCCUAGAACGACGGCUCGCGAAACGAAGCCCUUACGAUCUCCAAUUUCUCUUGAGCUUCCAUUAUAAAAUAUAUUUAAUAAUAAAUUCUCGAAAAUGCACUGUGCAAGA